GUCUUUUCUGGACUCCGUUUUCUUGCUUGAAGGGUAUAGUUUGUCAAUGGGCCACAAGGCACAUGGGUUGUUGUUCUCGUCAUUAUUUAUGUAUGGGAAAAACGUAGCAGAAUAAUUCAUCAUGUCAGAAAAUGAAAAGAAUUCGAAACUGCAAAUGACCGACGAAGAACGCCUUGAGCUUGCUAAGAAACUGGACCAAGAAUUGGAUGAAUUUAUCGGGGGAUUAGAAAAGAAACGAUAUACCGAAGGAUGGCCAGAAGAUCGUUGGCAAGAGGAAAUGGACAAGCAUCCUUUUUUUAUGAAAAAACCACCUCAACCUGGUGAUGAAGUCCAUCCACUUUUUGAAGGUCUUCAAAAACUUAAAUAUGAUCCCGAUGAAAAUACUGCCGAAGAUUUGGCGUUGAGCUACAAAGAGGAUGGAAAUUUUUACGUAAAACACAAGAAAUACCGAAUGGGUGUCUACAGCUAUACCGAGGGUUUAAAAGCUAAAUGCGAUAAUCCUGAAGUACUUGCCACCCUCUAUAACAACAGAAGUGCUUCGCAUUUUUUCUUAAAAAAUUACAGAUCUGCUCUUGUAGAUGCCGAAAAAGCAUUGGAAUAUAAACCAAACUAUGCUAAGUGCAAGUGGCGGGCUGCACAGAGUGCUUUUUUUGUAAAUAAGUUUGAAAAUGCUAUAGAACAUUGUGAACAAAUACUAGAUGAGAAUCCCGAAAAUACAUCGGCAAAGGAACUUAUCAAAAAUGUAAUAGCUAAGAAGCUAGAAGUUGAACGAAACGAACGAAAAGCUGCCUCGGAAGUUAAAAAAAAACUGACUCAAUUUCAUCAUACCAUCGACUUGCUUAAAGAGAGAGGAGUUAAGUUUGAUGAUAUAAAACCAAAUACUCGUCUCACGGAAGAAUUACUUCGACCAAAGUUUUUGCCAUUAGAAGACUUUCCUGUACACAUAGAUGAAGAUAAUAUACUCAUCUGGCCGGCAGCGUUCUCUUAUCCGGAGUUUAUGUUUAGCGACUUUCAACAAAAUUUGAACGAAGAUGCAUUAAUGGCAGAUGUAGUUCAAUCAAUGUUUACCGAACCACUUCCAUGCGAUAAAGAUGGAAAGUACAAACCAGGUAAAAUAAGUGUUUACUAUGAGAACAGAAAAGCAGCGUCUGUAUCAAAAGUGGAUUUAUCCAAGACCAUUAAAGAAAUUGUGACCGAAAAGAAUUUUUACGUGAGUGGAGGAUCUUUGCUAUUCUUUGUGGUCCCAACUCAUUCGCACAUUGAAAAGGAUUUUAUUAACGAAACCAGAAGGCCCAUGGUUUACACGUAGGUAAUGCGUCGCACUAGAAAUUUGAUUUUUUUAAUAUGUAAAUAAAAAUAUAAAUAAAACCCAUCAAGUUUGAGAAACUAAAA